GGGAGGCAGUGGAAGACAGAAGUGCCUGCCGUGCUCUGGUCCAGGGAGUCACGAAGAGUCGGACACGACUAAACAACAACAACAAAAAUUUAUCUGCAAGCAGCCUUGAAUUCCCGAUCUGGGGGGAAAGCAAAUGAUAAGAAAGAAGAAGAAGAAGAAGAAGAAGCAGCAGCAGCAGCAGCAGCCCGGUCGCGCCCCGGGCAUCAGCAGAUGAAUGGGUGCGAGCGAAGAUGAGCGGCUUUGCGCCGUAGCUCCGCCCUCCCUCCGCGUUUUCUCCGCCACGCGAGCGCGGUGGCCAAUCUCUGCCUCGCCAGCGCGGAGCAGCGGCGCCUGGCAGAGCGAAGGCGAGCGCAACUCCGCCGCCCUGGAAGCGCGUGCGCGGGUGUCUCAUUGCGUACGCGGAGCCGGAGAGCGAGGCAGGCAGAAAGGUCCCCUCGGCCCUUGGGAUCCUCGCAGGAGGAGGCGCGCAGGUGGGUUCAGCGCUUGGGGAUGCUGGCGGUGGGGGAAGAGAGCGCAGGGAGGGCUCCGGGCUCCAGAAGCGUCGGUUUGUUGGCCCAUCUGGCCGCUCUCUAGCCCGGAGAGGUGGGUUGGGGGGCACCGGAAUUGCGGGGCUUUGGCGGCACCCCCGACUCAAUGCCCCCGUUGUCCAGGUGUCUCUCCGUAGGCAGGCCGCGCUGGCCGAGGGAGGGCUUUGGCGUGCGCUUUUACGCACGUCAAAAUGGAGAGGACGCGGAGGGGGCCCGGAAAGCAAGGAGACCGUUGCAACCUUCUGGAAGGGUGGGCUCGCUGGCGGCCGGGCGAGGCGGGGAGGUGGGAGGAAAUGGGGUUCGAGGGCAGGGAUGCGCCCCCUCCUCCGCGUGGAGAAUUCUGCCUCGCCACCAGCUUUCCUCUCCUCCCUUCCUUACCCCCACAAACCCACACCAGCCUCUGCCCUCGCCAUGUUAGCAAAGAUGCGGGAGAUGCUGCUUUAACGGCCGAGCGAUGGGCCUAAAGAUUGCUGUGGAGAAGGGAGGAAAGCUGCCCCACACAUUCUGGGUCAGACCAGGGCCGGAUUUACUUAGAAGCUAAACAAGCUGUAGCUUAGGGCCCCGCUCUCUUGGGGGCCCCAAAACAAUUUUAAGGGGGAAAAACUGGAUGUACAUUUCCAAAAUAGAAGAUAAAAAAGAAAUAAAAUACUGUAAAACCUACAUACAGCAACAGUGUUUUGUGUUGUGUAGGCUCCUAUGAUGUAAGCAGCCUGCUAGCCUGCUCCCUCACUAGUUUGCUCUUUUUUAUGUAUAGGGUGACUACAUUCUGCAUGGACUGGUUGCAUUAGUUUGAGAAAAUACAUAUUUUGUUAUGUGCAAAUGGCUUUAGAUACCUAUUAGGUCCAUAAAUUAUAUUAUUAUUAUUAUUAUUAUUAUUAUUAUUAAGCAUAUAUUCAACACAAAAAAACAGUGACAAUUGGUUGUUGACAAAGGACAGCUGGGCAUAUAAAGGGCCCCAUUACCUUCAGUAGCUUAGGGCCUCAUCAAACCUAAAUCUGGCCCUGGGUCAGACCGUUUUUCCAUCUGCCCUGGCAUUUUGCUGUAUACACGCCAUUUAAAGCGCACAGCCAGCAAUCCUGGGAACUGUAGUUUGUUAAGGCUGCUGGGAAUGGAAGCUCUGGGGUAAAUUGCAGGUCCCAGGUUUCUUGUGGUGGGGGUGCUUCAAGGGUUUGUGCACAGCCAAUGUCUGCUUUGGUUGGCAGUGGUUCGCAAAGGUCUUAAGCAGACUCCUUUCCCAGCAUCUAUUUUACAGCCUUGUAUGUUCCUUACUACAGUGGUACCUCAGGUUAAGUACUUAAUUCGUUCCGGAGGUCCGUACUUAACCUGAAACUGUUCUUAACCUGAAGCACCACUUUAGCUAAUGGGGCCUCCUGCUGCCACUGCGCCACCAGAGCAUGAUUUCUGUUCUCAUCCUGAAGCAAAGUUCUUAACCUGAAGCACUAUUUCUGGGUUAGCGGAGUCUGUCACCUGAAGCGUCUAUAACCUGCAGCGUAUGUAACCCGAGGUACCACUGUACUGAAUCACUGAAGCAAAGUGUCUGCUUUGCCACUGAACUAUGGUGGUCCCCCUUCUAUUGUGAUCCCUUUUCUGGAUAACAUACCAUGGAAUUGCCCCCUUUCCCCACCUUCCAGACUUAUUUUCUAACAUUUCAUUUCUGCAUUUUAGCUUCUCUCUCUCAUGGCAAGAAAUCUUUGCUUGCUUAUAGCAUGUCAGCCAUGCUUCUGGGCAUUAUAUAACAACCUUUGACACCACGAACACCUUGGUUGGUUGUACAGCCCUCUUGGAGCAAAGAAUGUUGCUUUUGGAUCAUUUUGCAUCGCUCCCAGAGAUUGCUUGUAGGAGGAAUGAGAAAGAUCCCCUAAAGGUUAGGCAUUUUCCUGCGAAGGAUUAUGCCACAGCAAGCUUUAAGGUGCCAUGCACAUUUGCUUAUGAAAACGUUUUGUCAGGAUCAUCUCAGAAAUUUGGAAAUUUGCAAGGGAUGAAAUGUGCAUUGAAUAAAUGCAUUUGCAAUCGUUCUUCACCUCUCUGGGCAUCAGAAGUGAAUCCUGCUCACGCAGCAGCAGUUACAGGGUUAAAAAGACAUGCAGUUCCAAGCCAGUAGUUUUGCCUGUCUUCUGGCUCCACAGAAACCCUGGUUUGUAAAGGGAGCUCCUGUCACUCUGCCAAUGCCUGGUGAUUCCCCUGAGCAGCAUUCCCCAUAGGUUUCCAACCAUUGAAGACUGGUUGCCAUCCUCACUCAAAGCAACUCCCUGUAUGAGCACCUUGUGGCAAAACUGUCACUAGAUCUGCUGCCAUGAUUAGUUGAUAGUUAAGACAAGGAUGAUUUGAAGUUUGCUAAGUCAAAAUAAGAAAUAAUGUAUUUUCCUUGUGUAUCAAUAAUGAUCUGAGAGUACAGCAAAAAAACAACCACCAGCUAACACCUUUGCAAAGCUAAGCAGGGUCCAUUAUGGUUUCUAUGACAACCAUCAAAUCCUGCACUUAUUUAGUCAUUAGCAGAAUGCAAGCUGAGGCACACCGCUAAUGGGCUUUACGAUUAGAAAGGUCAUAGUUUGCUAUAUCUAACAGUGCUCAUGUAUUUUUUUAAUAGAUGUGUAUAGCUUAUGAAGCAAUAUCCUGCAAUCAGAUGGUUGGGGUUUUUUUUAAUAUUUGCAUAACAAAACUGAAUAACUUUGUGAGUGCGAUAAAUACUUUAACAGAUUCCACAUUGAUAGGGGCAUUAAGUAAAUUUUUGUUUGGUUGCCUCAAAUGAAAGGUAUAAAACACUCAAACCUGCAGUUAAAAUUCAUGCAGCAUAUUGCUGCCAAAGGCCUAAGGUCCAAAAUUCAUGUGACAGUAAAAUGAUGCGUCCCCAUACCGAAUAAAGUUGGACUUGUAGGUCACCAUACCAAAAAGGUUGGAAGCCACUGCCCUAGAGAGCAUGCCCCAGGGCUUUGCCAAAACACUCUCUUGCUAUCAUAACUGUGCCAUGCUUAAAAUGAGGUCAGAAAAGCUUUGCUCAGAUUGAUCUGUCAAUAACAUUCACCACAGAUUUAAAAAACAUGAGCGUUUGGUGAGAGCAGUCCAGAUUAAAGAGGUGGUUCUGUUAUUUUCUACAAAUAUUUCUCUACAGUUGUUCCAAAUCAUGAAUUUAGUAGAGGCAGAGGCGCUGGUUAGAGCAGGGGUAGCCAGCAUGUAAUAAUGUGUAUACAGCCUAAGUUUGUGCAUAACACUAGCACAUAGCAUUGAUGCAGGCUGAACGGGCGAUGGUUCUCCUGUAACAAUAAGAGGCAUAAGUAACUUGGUGGCAGCACUGCUGUUGCAAAACAUCUUCCUCACUUUGAGCUUUCAUAAUACUGAUGGGAAUUGAGCUUUUAUAUGCUGUUCUGUAAUUUGGCAGUCCUGUGUGGUCAAGGCCUUAAUGCAACCUUUGGGUCCAGUGAGACUUACGUCUGAGUAAACAUGGGAUUGCUCCGUAAUGGUGAUGGCAAAGGAAAUGCAAAAGGCUAGCAACUUCAUUUAUUAAAUAUUAAGUUCCCUUGUGCCAGAAGGAAACAAGUGGCGCCAGCGAAAAAUGUUGCAGUAUGGAUUGCUCUUGUGCAGGGUGGCAGGCCAGCCAGGCCCUUGCCCAAGACACUCCAUUCCACUCCUCCCCACCCACCCUGCAUUCAGUCAGCAUUUCAUGGUCACUAAGCAUACUUGAUUCUCACGCAGUGCCGGAUUCACGUAUAAGCUAAACAAGCUGUAGCUUAGGGCCCCCCUCUCUUGGGGGCCCCCAAAAAAAUUAAAGGGAAAAAAACCUGGAUGUACUUUUCAAAAAUAUAAGAUAAAAAAGAAAUGAAGUAAAUCUUACAUACAGCAACAGUGUUUUGUGUUGUGUAGGCUCCUAAGAUGGAAGUUAUGGGCCCCGCCUGCUUAAUAAUUAUUUCACUGUUAAUAUACUUAUUAAUUGUUUUUCACUAUUAAUAUACUUCUUAAUUGUAUUUCAGGUCAACAAUUACUUCGAUAAAAUACAUAUUUUGUUAUGUGCAAAUGGCUUUAGAUACCUAUUAGCUUAGAUUACCAGAUUUUUUUUCAGUGAGUCCGGGGACACUUUGCAGCUUUAAUGGAUUUUGUAUGGGGACUGAUAUGUAAAUCUGGGGUCUGUCUGGUAACCUUAUAUUAGGUCCAUAAAUUACCAUAUAGCAUAUAUUCAACACAAAAAAACAGCAACAAUUGGUUGUUGACAAAGGACAGCUGGACAUAUAAUGGGCCCCAUUACCUUCAGUAGCUUAGGGCCUCAUCAAACCUAAAUCCGGCCCUGUUCUCACGGGACAGUUGGGGUCUCCCCAGAACUCCUUGAGAGCUUUUGCCCCCUUAAAGGGUUCCCCCCGCUUUUUGGCGAGGAAAGUUGCACUUCCUCCAAGCUUUCUGGUGCCUUUCUCUUGCUUACUACAUGAAUCUUACUACAUGAUUCUCAGCAAUGCCCCUUAGUUGAGGUUUUGGGGGAAAACAUGUUUGUUUACAUCAGUUAUCAGUGUAAUCCAAUGCAUGAAUACUCAGAAGUAAGUCUUUUUGAGUCCAGCAGGCCCUUUUCCCAAUUUCUGUGCGUAGUCAUUAGGGAUGCAUGCAUCUGCCAAUUUCCAUUUCUUUGUUUCUCAUUUUUCCUAUCUUACGUUCAGUUCUCCACAUUUCCACAUCACUUUGUUAUUUUUUUCCUCAAAAAAAAUCCUCCUCAUGAAAAUUCAGCAUUCUGGUGCACGUUUCUCCUAAUACACACAUUUUUGCAUAUUGUUUUUGCACAUUUCACCUGUGUAUACAGAUCACUCACAACUUGCACGUGUUUGACGUGUGCAGUUUCAGCUUUACACAGUUGAAGGCCAGCCAGCCGAGAUCGCACAAAUUAAAUUCCUGAAAGGUGGAGAGCUUAAAAGCUCACAGACUUGCUUACUGGGUUCUUGCAAGAUUUUGGAAGGCCCUGCAAGAUCUUGCGAGAGCCUCCCAGAGCCUGGUAAGCAGGUCUGGGAAAAUAAAAGCAGUUAGCAUGUGCCAUUGUGGGCUCGUCACAGGCCGUUUCCCAGUUUUUAAAGGGUUGUUUUGACCAUAUGAGAUUUCAGCUAUGGCCAUACACGCUGUCCCUGAAACACAACACCUGCGUAAGGUAGGAGUCACCUGUAUGCAUCUUUGAACUCAUUGCUUGACUGGAGAACUGCCUUGCAAAAUUGGAAGUGUUUUGGUCCACAUAUUACCAUUCUAGAAAAUGAAUCAGGUAGGAUCUCCUUUAAAUGCAAACAGAAUCGAAAUUCCACCCCAGCCCUAAUACCAGGAGUAGCCUAAAUAAAUUAACAUUAUAAAAGCCUGCUUUUUCAUUAAAAACAUUGCUUUAAAUCGUUGACACUCCUGAUUAGUAGAAAUGUAUCUUCUCUGGAUCUCCUGACCCUUAAUUCUGCUGCCAUCUUUACAGCUCAUUUCACAAUCUCUGAUCUCCCCACACCCGACUUUACAGAGAUAUUAAGGUCAAGAUAAGCCCUCCAACUAGGGAUUACUGGGCUUCUAAACUCUGCAUAGUGUUAACCCUAAAUAGAUGCUGCUUAAUAGUGGUAGUAGUAGCAGCAGCAGUAAAAUAAACUCUGCCCUGAUAUAAUACAGCUAAAAUUAACAGAAAUUAAAAGCAAGGCUUCAGCUAAAAUAACUUUUACACUACAAAGCUAUGCCUGAGACUAGUAAGGCUGUGCACAAACCAUACAUUUAAAGCACACACAGAAUCCUGGAAACUGCAGUUUGUUAAGGGUGCUGGGAGUUGUAGUUCAUGAGGGGUAAAUUGCAGUUCUCAGUUUUCUUUUUUGGGGGGGGCGUACUUUAAAUGUAUGGUAUGUACACAGCCUAAGUCUCAUUGAAUUCAGUGGGAGUUAUUCUGAGUAGAAAGGUAGGAUUGUGCUGUCACUCAGUUUUGGCCAUAUAUAGGAUUCUCUUCUAUAAGCUUCAAAAGUUGCUUUCAAAAGGGCUGUGCUUUGGGAUCUUUGAGAUUCAGUGCCAGCAGUAUUUAUAUCUUGGAUUCCGUGUGGUUUGUUCGUGUUUUUAACUGGCUUUCCCUGCCAUUUUAACAUGCAAACCACUUUGGCAUUUCCUUUUUAACUGAAAAUCGGUAUUAAAACAUUUUUGGAGAAAUAAGUUUUUUUCUAGGAUGCUCCCGAGUUUUGCAGCCCACAAAUGCUAAGUUCUAAAUACUACCUAUUGCAUUAAUUGCAUUUAAUGUGGCGGAUAUAUUUUUAGAAGCUAGCAUAGGUGCCAAAGGGAGAUCUGAUCAGGACUGUGUUGGGCAGGGAGAGGGGAGAUUAACUCCUUCUCCCCCACUGCAGUCCUGUUGAAAAUCACGUCUACCCUCCCUCCCUGCUACCUGCUACUUGUAUUGGGGGAGAAACUGUCAUUGGCACCAAAGUGGACCAUACUAAGGGCCAGGCGUUAAGUAAACUCACUGUCCAUCCUGCUCUCUUUUGUUUAACAGGAUUUGUAUAUGGUAAUCAACAAAAAACUCUGAAGCAGUUUAUCACAGCCUGCAAGUGGGUCAUGUAGCCUGUGCUACUGGGUCUCAGGCUCUAUAAGUAAAUCUAAAUAGUUUUUGCUUUUAAUCCUCCAUUAGUAUGAUGAAUGGCUCUUGCAACUCUUUUGAUUCAUUGGCGUGUUUUAUUGCUAUGUUAGCGCUUGUAACCAAACAUCAGAAAGGCUCAAGCCUUUGGGAAGGCUUAAAAACAUUUGGGAACUUCACCAUCCCAGGCAAGCUGUAAUAUGAGCACCUUAGGGCAACCGGUCACUGGAUCUGCUGGCAGAUUUAGUUAACGGUUAAGCCAAGGAUGGUCUGAAGUGUGCUUCAUCAACAUAAGAAAAAAUAUAUUUACCCCAUGUAUCUAUAAUGAUCUGUGACUAUGUCUGACAGCUGUCAGCCCAUGCGCUGACCUACUCACGAGCAAAAUUCAAGCUCAGCCACCCCACUGAUACUUGCCAUAAUGGAUUUAAUUAUGAAUAAAACUACUAAAAACGUUCAUAGUUCAUUAUAUCCAGCUUUGCUUAGGAAACCAAAUGUUUUUAGAAUGGAUUUUUAUAGCCUAUGAAGCAAUAUUCUGGAAUCAAGUGGGUGGUGAUCUUGCAUCCCAUAAACAUAACUUUAACUUCGUAAGUGCUAUAAAUAUUUCAACAAAUUCCACUUCAAUAGGAGCAUUAAGCAAAUUUUUGCUUGGGUGUCUCUAGUAACGGUUAUAAUGCAGGCAGGCUUGCAGUUUAAUGCACAAAACAGAUGGCUGCCAAAAAUCUAAGGUCCAAAAUUCAUCACAAUAGUGGGUUGUCAUAGAAGACAGCAUUUUCAAAUUAUAUAUGCAUAAUAAUAAUAUUGCAUGAUCAAAUCACAUAUCUGGGGUGGCUUUCUUUUUCCUUUUUUGAAGGGGGAUUAGUUUUGAAAUACAGUCCCAUUAAAUGCAUGAAAACAUUUAACAUAACUCAUAGUUCUUCUUUUCCAUUUGAAACAAAGAAAAUGGCUCUCAUUGAUUGAAAACAAAGACACCACGGGUUGCUUGAUAAAAGGGUUCGUUCUUCAGUUAAAUGUCGUGCAUACUAAAGCUGCAGUUAGAGAAAAGCAUUGUUUGUUUUUUAGAAAUGGCCCUUCUAGCACACAUUUGAUUUGCCAUCUGCUUUGGGCCUGUUGCAAAAUCCAGCAAGUCAUGAGAGCUAUUUUUAAAAUCCCUUCUCUCCCUUGGCAGAGGGGAUGAUGGUGAACUCUAGCUGCCCGUUCUACUGUAUAAGUCAAGGCUUCCAACCAGCUACCAUUUCUGCCAGAGAGAUGUGUUUGUUCAUGCUCUGCAGUACAUGGUGUGCUGUAGAGUUGCAUUAAGAACAUUUUGCCCUGUAAUUUUUUUGCAUGAGUUGAUGUCUACACACGCACCCUUCUCAGUUAUGCAACUGACUAUCCAACCAACUCCUGAGAAAUAGCAAUCCACUUUGAAAGGAUUGUGUGGUGGUCCGUUUAGGUGACGUACAGUCAUACCUCUUGUUACGUUCAGUUCAGGUUACGUUCUUUCAGGAUACGUCCCGCGGCGACCCGGAAGUAACGGAACCGGUUACUUCUGGGUUUUGCUGCUCGCGCAUGCGCAGAUGCUCAAAAUGACCGCAUGCGCAGAAGCGGCGAAUCACGACGUGCGCAGACGGGGGGUGCGUUCUGCUCAUGUUGCGAACGGGGCUCUGGAACGGAUCCCGUUCGCAACCAGAGGUACCACUGUAUUCGUGUUACAGGCGUUUAUUGAUACUGUUUCACAGAGUAGUAUUUAGGACCUUUAGCCUUUGGUGUUCAUGCAGAUUUCCGUUUCGUGUGCUGUUUAAUAGCAUACCAUGUGACGGCUAAGGUUCUUCCUUAUCCCAUAGCUGUCACUCAGAGGAAGAGCUUCUCCUUUGUGCUCAGAAGGUCCCAGAUUCAGUUCCUGGCACUUUCUCCUCAGAGUUCCCUGGGAAGAGGGAUCGACUAUUAAACCACUCUGUAGUUCUGUGAGGGGAACAGGGGUCUCCUAGCAGCUCUCAGCACUCUUAGCGCAUUACUGUUCUUAGGAUUUCUUGUGGGAAAACUUGACUGUUAAAGUGGUAUGAUGAUGCUUUAAAUCAGGCAUAGGUAAACCUGGCCCUGGAGAUGUUUUGGGACUACAACUCCCAUGAUCCCUAGCUAACAGGACCGUUGGUCAGGGAUGAUGGGAAUUGUAGUCCCAAAAACAUCUGGAGGGCCGAGUUUGCCUAUGCCUGCUUUAAAUGUAUAGUGCAGAUGAGGCCUGGUUUCCUUCUGAAGAAAUGAUCAGUUUAAAAAAUAAGGUGCCUCAACUCUUUCAUAGCUCCAAAACUGGAUGACUGGAUGAGAUGCAAAUUUAGAAGCAACUACUACCAUUUGAAUAGAAAUACAGUUCCUCUCAAUAUAGUGAGAAAGAUAUGACCAGGUGACUGUGUACCAGCUCAGUCUGUUGCCCAGUUGCUGCAGAUGCCCCUGGUCUCCAUUUGUUCUUUACUCUUAAAAGGAUUUGGACUGGACAGCUCUUCAAGUUGAGUACUCUCCUCUGUAAAGUAGGACACUUGGCCCAGGAGGAGUCUAUAUGCUGGUAACGGGAGGGGCAUCAACAGAAAUUGAGGUUUUAGAAGCCAGACACUAUGUGCAUGGAAGCCAAGACACUUGGCAAAGAGUAGCUUCUGAGAGGGUUCAUGCGCCUUUCAGAACCGCUUGAAAGGGAAAGUUCUCCCAGUUACAACCUCUCCUAUCAUUAGGCCCUGUGAGUUCACAACGCUACGUGAGAGCCAAGCAGAGUGGUUGAAAUCUGCCUAUUGAUCUGAAUUACCUGGGAGGUUCACUGCCAGCAGAGGUCUGGUCUUACCUCUGAGGUUUCAAGCGACUGAAUCUCUCUCUGGGUAAUUCUACAGCCCAGUGAUAGCAUUGUUCCAAUAGCUCAGGUUGUUUUCUGGGUUUGACGUCUUCUGCUUUCUCCGCAUGCAGCUGACGGUGAGCAGAACACAAACAUGUUUUGAGAGUGUGCCUGUGCAACAAGGGGAAAUGAGUUGGUGGCAGUUUGCAUAAUAGAUUGUGUAUUGUACUAGAUUGCCACCUGCUGUCUGUGGGUUGCAUGCACAGAUCUAUGGAGAGUGCAUUGUGGUUCAUGUACCACUGGAAGAUGCGGUUAUUGAGGAAUUAAGAAUCAUUUUAAAAAAAUAAGGUGCCUCAGCUCUUUCAUAGAUCCAAAACUGGGGGUGAAAAAUGGAUUUCUACCUUAGCCAUUCCAAGACAAUAUCUCAUAUAUAUCCUCUUUCUGGCACCUGUGCCACCAACAUUUUUUGGGGUUGGGUGGGGUGGAUAGUUUGAUAAUACAAUUGCGUUUAUAAAAGGAAGUGCCUUUUGUUACCUUGCAACUUCUUCCUUUAUGCAGCUGAAGUCACAUAGUCUAUUUAGAAAGUUACUGCUGUAUGUUGUUUACAAUAGAUAAAGUGCAGUUAAACUUAGUGUUACUGCUCUCAAUGGCCACUCAGAAAUCUGGGGAUAUGGUGGGCAUCUUAAUCUCUGUAGAGGAUCAGCUCUCUGUGCUGCCGUGUUCUUCAGCCUUAGAUCCCAAGGAGUUGGAGUACGAUCCAGAUAAGACUGAGGCACUGUUAGGAGGUGGUUCCCUAGACCAGAUGGUUGCCUGCUUUUGAUGGGGUUACACUCUCUCUGAAGGAGCAGGUACGCAGCUCGGGUCCAUUGCUGUCGCUUGAGGCUCCAGUGGUCUGGAGUGCCUUCCAUCAGCUUUGGCUGGUGGCCCAGCUGCGCCCCUAUCUGCACAGGGAUAGCCUAACUUCUGUCGCUUAUGCUCUGGUAACCUCUAGGUUAGAUUACAGCAACGGGCUAUACGUAGGGCUGAAGAUGGUUUGGAAACUUCAGUUAGUGCAGAAUUCAGCAGACAGGUAGCUCUCUGGGGCAAGAUGGUUUAAGCCAGGCACCCCCAAACUUGGCCCUCCAGCUAUUUGGGGACUACAAUUCCCAUCAUCCCUGACCACUGGUCCUGGUAGCUGGGGAUGAUGGGAGUUGUAGUCACAACUUGGCUGGAGGGCCAACUUUGGGGAUGCCUGGUUUAAGCAUAUAAUGCCAUUCCUGGCCCGACUGCACUGGCUGCCAAUUCAUUUCUGGGCCCAAAUCCAAGUGCUGGUUUUGACCUAUAAAGCCUUAAAUGGCUCUGGACUGCAGUGCCUCAGUAAGAACCUACCUGGACUCUUUGUUCAUCAUCUGAGGCCCUUCUUCAUGUGCCUCCUCCCGUGAGGUCCAGAGGGCAGCAACAUGAGAACAGGCCUUUUCUGUGAUGGCCCCUUGCUUGUGGAAUGUUCUCACCUGGUGCCUUCAUUACAUAUCCAAAGGUGCCGGACAAAAACAUUCCUCUUCUCCCGUGCCUCAGGCAGUCUAUGGCCUUUAAAAGUGUACAUGGGGGAGGGGGCAUCGUUUUGUUUGUCACUAUGGUAUGUUUGUGUUUUUAUAUUGUAAACUGCCCUGUGAUCCUUGGAUGAAGGGAGAUACAGAAAUAAUAAAUAUAUAAAUACAACUCCCAUCCCCCCAGCCAGCUUAGCACAAUGGUCAAAUAUUAGAAAUGGGGGAGAAAUUAGAUUCAGUCUUCAUUUAAAGAUGAGCCUACCAGAUUUGUACUUUGUGAACAAUACAUGGACAGAAACACAGGGAUCCUUCAAAAUGCUCACCUCUCCAAAUUUUGCAGUGCAGUAUUCCAGCCAAGUAAAAUGUGCAAAAAUGCAUAAACUAGGGUAAAGUAUACAUAGAAGUGCAUAUAUUAAUGAAAAUAGCAUACAAACAUGCAUUAUAUAGGGGGAAAUUGCUUUGUAAAUAUGUAAAGAACUGGAAUGAGGAACCUCUAGCUCAGGGACCAAAUGUCCUCUCUGUCUGGCCCUAGGGACACCCCCCCCCAACACACACAUUAGGCUACUCCCCUCCCCAGGCUACCCCACUCAAUGGCCUAGCUGCAUACCCACCUUGAGUGUUUUUGCCUGGCUGGAAUGUGCGUUUGAAUUCUGGUAAUGCCUCUUGCUUACCUGGAGGGAGGAUUGGGGGGUGAGUAUUUGUAAAGCUAGGGUACACCACAGGUGAAAUCUGCAUAUGGCUCCUGGAAGGCUGCUCAGAAAGGAGAGUGUCUCACCCCCUGCUAUAGAGAACCAUUUCACUUUGUGCCAGAAACAUUGUUCUUUAUCUAAUGAGAUUUCUUCCUUUUUGGCUUGCAGAAUGACCGUCAUGGGGAAGUACUUGGUGACCUGCUGGGUAGCAGUUCUCUUGAUCCUGCUGCAGAGUGAUGUCUCCGUUUCCAAAAAAACCAAACCCAAACCCAGCGGUGGUGGCUGGAACACGGGAAGCCAACGCCAGCCUGGAUACCCGCAGAACCCUGGCUAUCCGCAGAACCCUGCCUACCCGCCACCACGCAACCCAGGCUAUCCUCAAAACCCUGGUUACCCCCAGCACAACCCUGGCUACCCGCCGCGCAACCCUGGUUACCCACAGCAGAACCCUGGCUAUCCUCAGCGCAAUCCUGGUUACCCACAGAACCCUGGCUACGGUGGGGGCUACGGUGGGGGCUACGGAGGCAAACCGUGGAAGCCUAAGCCGGCCAAGCCCCCCAAGAUGAAGCACGUGGCCGGAGCAGCUGUCGCAGGGGUGGCAGCAGGAGCCCUCGGCGGCUACCUCUUAGGCAGUGCCAUGUCCAACAUGAACUUUGGUUUCCGCAACCCCAGCGAGGAGCAGUGGUGGUAUCAAAACCGCGACCGCUACUCUGACAGAGUCUACUACCCAGAGUACAAGGAGCGUGUUUCGAGGGAUGUCUUUAUGAGAGACUGUGUGAACGUCACACUGACGGAGUAUAUCACCCCUCAAGGGAACCAAAGUGCAGAUGAGAUGGAAGUGAAAGUCGUGACACAUGUGGUGCGCGAAAUGUGCACAGAGCAGUACCGCUUGAUAUCCGCGGCAGCUCUGCUUCUCGCCAGCCCUUCCGUGCUUUUCUUCCUCAUGCUGGUCACGUGUUUCCUUAUCCCCUGAGGUCCCCCUCAGGCCUGCACCUCGCUGUUCAUUGAGCAAAUGUCCAGAAGGAAUGAGAACUAUACAGAGCGACGGCUUGGGGGGAGAUGACAUUCUCGCUUAUGCACCUCUUUGGUGGAGUGUCUUUCAAAGCUGUUACAUCUGCUACGUAUUAAUGAACACCCAAGCUUCUGCCAAGCACCUGUUCCUUUUGCAGCCAUCUUUGAUUUCUGUCGUUUGUGGUACGAACGUUUGGGGGGGUGGGGUGGGGAGAGCAUAAGGUCUUAUUUUGUAAUGAAGGGAGGGCAGGAAGAACUCGUCAUAGAUCAAACCCCUCCCUCCUUCAGUCGAGCCUAAUGUAACGCGAACUGUAAAUAGAAACACAGCGACUCCACACGGAAAAACGAAUUGUUUGCUAGGGCCAGCAUUAAGAGUUGAUGUGGCUGGGUUUCUGUCGGAGAGCCCACAAUUGAGAAGGGCACCUACUUUUCUUCUCUUCAGUGCUGAAACUUGCUUGUUCACCCGCCUCUAGACAGCAGUCAGACAGCGGUGGAGGUGAGGAAGAGAAGUCAGUGCCACAGCCUACUUGCUUGUUGGCUCUCUGGCAAACAAGGAGAUGGGAGCUCUAAUGGGGAAGAGGAGAAGUCGGUGAUAAUGGCAGUGAGGUGGAGGCCUGUGGAGGAUGUCUUUGCCCACAGGCUCUGUAAAAUCUUGAGCUGCCACAGUCCUUUGCUUGCCUACCCUCAUUACACCGGCUCUUCGCAGAAACCAAAUUGACACGUUCUGUAAUGCAGCGAUCCAGGGGUCCCCAAAUCAUUGUCUGCAAACCACCAGUGAUCUGCAGGCUUCACUCAGGUGGUCUACGGUGUGUCGGUGGAACUAUUGUCCUAUUGGUCUUUAAUUGUGUUUCUGCUGCUGCUUUAAUUUUUUUAUAUAUUGCAUUUUUAUUCUUAGCGUGGGAUUCAAAUUGUAAUGCAAUAUAUAAGAAAUAAAAGAAGCAGUAGAAAGACAGUAAAAAAUCUUACAGCAUCUACCACUGCACAUUACAAUUGCAAUAGCUGACAGAAAAAUCAUUUAAGUGGCCUGCGAAGAACUUCAGCAGUUUUCAAGUGGCCCUUCGUGGGUGAAGGAGGGCAUUUGGGAACCCCUGCAGUAAACUGUUCUUGCCUUUAAGAAAAGGAAAUAUUUCCAGCUCUUAUUUGAAACUACAUUAUAUGAUGAGAGGCAGGAAGCUGAAGUGAAUCAGGUUUUAAGUUCUCCACUGUACAUUGUUUAAAAAUAAAAAAUCCCACCCCACCAUGCAGUAAGAUUCUCAUUCUAGACCCACAUACAUACUGAGAUAUUUAUCUCAGUAUAUUGUAGGAGAUCUAUGGAAAUCCCACUGUAAAAAACACAAAAAACACUUUUAUAUAUUAUAAACUGCCUUGAGAGUGUGGUUGGGGUUAAAAAACACACCACCAGGGUGUUAAAUAUAUGAAUACAAGCAAAAGAGGAAAAGCCAUGCGCAUCCCUUCCUACAUUAUGCAAGGUGAGAAGACUCUGGUGUGUCUUAUUGGACACAAUUCCAGGAACCGAGUCGUGUUAACCUCACAACAAAGAAGAUGGAUAGUGCCUAGAAUUUCACGAAGCAAGAAGACACAUCCGCAAAGAAUUACCCUGCGUUCCUGAUUUAGUGCUGUCCAUGUGGAAAGUUGUAGGGCCUUGUGGGCUCUUUUGCACAUUAUCUGGGGUUUGUGGCCAUUAGGCAGACCAGAGCAGCCCAUAUGGGAUCCAUGCAAAUCAUUAAGCGAACAUUCCCUUCAUUAUCCAUUGUACCAUGAACAUACUGUAGGUACUUGUCUGUGCAGUAAUAAACCUGUUUGCCUAUGAACCACAGUUAUUGCCUACACAGGCGCAUUACUGCUGAUGACACCAAAAUCUCUUGCUUUCCUUUUUUUUAAUGAAAGAUGAACCUCAGUGAAGUAUUGUUUUCAUGGAGAAAUAAUGGCUUAUUACUGGAACUGAUAAAUCUGGGGCAGGUCUUCUGAAAUGGUGUUGGCUGUCCCAAUAGCACUUAGAAUUUCUAGGCUGCAAAGAAAAGCAUUUGGUUUUGCAGCAUGGGAAUAUAAGUACACCAUUCAUCAGGAAUUUUUAACCCUCUGUGAUGCACAGACAUUACCUUUCUGGUGACUAUUAGCAAUUGCAUAUUUUCUUACAAGAGUAGAAGUUCCUGAUUAUUGUCUGAACUAACCUUAACAAUUAAACUGCUGCUGUUGUUGAGCAUCUUCACUCGUUUGAUCUCUUGAGUCCUCAAAAUUACUGGGUGUUAAUUGUAUUGACCCUGCUGAAUUUUGGAACUAACUUUAAGGGUCAACUGCAGAUACCAGAGUCAUUCCAAAGUUUCAUCUGUGAGGAAACCUGUUGGGUGAACUGGUGGCAAAUGUGACUUGAAGGCAGUCUUAUAAAAUUCAGAGCAGGUUCUCAGUCCGUUGGGAGACUCAAGCUGUGUGCCAAUAACUCACAAAAUAUUCAGACAUGAAAGCCAUGUUGUCAAAGCCAAUGGUGCUCUCCAUAAAGGGGUUAAGCAUCCCUCUAUCUUAAACUGGAUUCCAGCCUGUAGACUAAUGCAAGUCCCUAGAAUUUGAGAGACUUGCUUCCAAGUAAGUGUGUUCAGAAUUGCAGUCCUAUGAGUUCCUGUGAAGAGCCAAUUCUUGGCAGUUGGGGAGGGACGCCACACACAUCCUGUUUCUGCCACACCCUCCCCUUGCUCACUUUGGGCUUCUGCAAGGCCCUUUCUCCUUCCAGAGAUGCUGUGUUAGUGUGCAAGAAACAAGGGUGCAAUGCCACACCACCAGUUGCGAUACUCUUCUGGUUAAGAGAGCUCAUGUGCUUAAUUUCCUUGGUUUCAAUUUAUGCAGCAGGCAGUGGGGCUGGGCAGUGGGGAUGGGAGCACGCAAAUAGUCACUAGGAUUUAUGCAUUCCAGUAGUGUAGCUGGCUUCGAAAAUGCCACAUUUAACCUUAAGGCAGACAUUAUAAUUGAGGACUACAUUUUGGGUGGUACUAAUUCUGUCUGUCCUACCGCUUUUGGCCUGCAGCGUUGGUAACGGCUACAUUUUUGCUAACCUGUAUUUCAGUCAACUUGCUGACAACUCCAUGUUUGUUCAAGGGUAUAGAUAUAUUUUUUAAGUGUAGUCAAAAUGUAAAGAGUACACAAUUAUCCUUCUGAGUAUAUCUUAAUAUAUUCUCUGCAUUUUGCUAGAAGAUGAUUAUUGUACAGACACACUUUUAAAUAUUGGUGACUUGGUCCAAGUAGAAAGCACACAAUAGUAGUAAAAUUACAGGGAGUAUUGGAGAGACAAGCACAUUUGUACUUUGCAAUUUUGUGUGUGCUUUUUUAAAGUAAGUGUUUGAUAUCUAGUAGAAAUAAAGGCCAAAGGCCCCAGCUUUUGUCUAUGAGCUUC